AUGGGGGACUCGUCAGACAGGGGUUCCUCUAGUGAUUCACAGUGGAGCGACUCCCUGACGGGGGAAUCGUUAACGGAGGACUCCUUUACAGGGGACUCCUUAGCGGGCGCGGCCCUUGCUGAUGAUGGCUACCCUUCCACGCGGAAAUCGGUGCGCAUCAGAAAAGGCGAAGCAUCAGGGACGCCCAUGUCAUGGACGACAUCGCGACUUGUUUUCAACUUGGAAGGCGACUUUUCAACGUCGAGACAGAAUGCCGAAAAGAGCAUUUUCAAAUACGUGUGGAUGGGCCAAGAUCAUAUGGCGGAAGAAUCGACUGAGGAGGGAGAGGAAGAAGGACAGUACAGGUACGUGUACCAGACGAGGUUCAGCAGAGACAGUGUGCUAAGAGCAAACAUUGAUGAGUAUUCGAUAAGAAGGACUAUUCUUCCCGUGCGAGAAGGGCGAGGUGGGAAAAAGAAUCCAAUAGGGGAUAACGCCAAGAAUGGGAUGAAGAUGUACGGAGGCAAAUUCAAACGUGAGAUGAAUCCCCGAAUGGGUAGAACCCCACAGGGGGGUAGAGGAGAGGCGGAAGAAGGAUGCGGUAACAUCCUCCUGGAAAGCGCCUGGAAGGGGAUCAAACUGGAGGAAGCGGCUCCAUUUGGUAGUGCCCCAUUUGGUAGCGUCCCAUUCGGCGGGGGCCCCUUCUGCAGUGACCCUUACCUGUGCUACCCCCUGCAGCUGUGCAGCAGGGACGUAAAACAGCGCAGAAGCAUCGCCAAGGAGCCCUACAGAGUAUUGAGCGCCCCGAAUUUGGUAGACGACUUCUAUCUUAACUUAGUGCACUGGUCAAGACAAAACGUAAUCGCCGUGGGGUUGCACGACAAGUUGUGGAACUAUUUUGGCAACUACUUAGCAGUUGGAUUGUCAAACGGGGUCGUCCAAAUUUGGGAUCUGGAAAAAGAGGUGAAGAUAAGAAAGUACAAGAAUCACAAACGAAGAGUAGGAGCAGUGGGAUGGCACUACAACACGUUAACCACGGGAAGUAGGGACAACAAGAUUGUCUCCUCCGACAUCAGAUGCAAGGAGAGUAGUUACGCACAGCUAACUAAUCAUACUUCGGAAGUGUGUGGGCUUCAAUGGAAUUAUAAGACGAAGCAGUUGGCUUCCGGGGGCAAUGACAACUCUGUGUACAUCUGGGAAUGGCGAAAAUGUGUCCCUCUAUUUCAGCUUACGAAACAUACCGCUGCAGUGAAGGCCAUCAGUUGGUCUCCCCACAAACACAACUUGCUCGCUACUGGGGGAGGGUCUGCUGACAAAAAGAUUUUCUUCUGGGACACCGCCACGGGAGAGUGUCUUAAUGAACUGCCUACAAGUUCGCAGGUUUCUAAUCUCUUCUGGGCCAAGCACACGGACGAGUUUGUCUCCACCCACAGCUACUCACUCGGGCAGGUGGUUGUGUGGAAAUACCCGCGGCUGCGAAAGGUGUCGGCGCUCAGCGGGCACGCGCUGCGUGUGCUGUAUGGCGCGCUCAGUCCGGAGGGCGAAUCCAUCGUCACGGGCUCGCCCGACGAGACGCUGCGCCUCUGGCGGGUCUUCCCCAGGGGAGGCGGUAACGGGGUUGGCGACGACGGGGUCGGAAAGAACGGGGCAGGAAGAUGUGCGGAAAGCUGCCUGGGAAGCUGCCUUGGAAGCUGCCUCCGAAGCUGUCUGCGAAGCCGUCUGGAUGACCCUCACGGUAGCCACCGCUUAACAGAUCACCCGCCGCACCAGGUCCCCUUUUCAAACUGCUAUGAACAAGUCAGGUAA